GCUGCCAUGGAUCCACCUUCAGAGAGAUGCGGCGCCUCCUCACACAGCUGACCGGGAGCACAGGUAGUCUGUCCGGCGUACUUGUUGAUCUUCUGGGGCGAAGCAGCGGCGCGGUAUGCGGAGCAGGAAGCCGGCUGGUGGGCAGUAGACCGUGCUGAGGAUCUCUCUGCCAUGUCGGAGCCAGAGGAGGGGAACAUGGAUUGGGUUAGACCCUGGCAGUAGUAAACCAAUAACGGCGCCUGCUUUUGUUGUUUUGUUUUUUUUUUUCCCCCAAAUGCUUCUGCUUCAUCUCCGUGUGUGCCUGCCUGCGGAUUGAUUGUCCACUGAGAGAUAAUAUUUUCAAGUUACAAGAGCAUCUGCACUUCCAGGUUCCAAAAUGUUUGCCUCCUUGCUCCUCGAGUCUAAAGUCACCAUGGAGAAAUCCUUGGCUGAACUGAAUAAAACAACGUCUCGCUCGACGUCCUCGCUGCCACCUGAACCGGUGGACAUCCUCCGGACCAAGUCAUGUUUCCGCAGAGUCCGGCUGAAUGUGGGGGGUCUCCCACAUGAAGUCCUGUGGCGAACGUUAGACAGACUACCCCGAACACGUUUGGGAAAGCUCAGAGACUGCAACACCCAUGAAUCUCUGAUGGAAGUUUGCGACGACUACAACCUGGAGGAGAACGAGUACUUUUUUGACCGACAUCCCGGGGCGUUCACGUCAAUUCUAAACUUCUACCGCACGGGUAAGUUGCACAUGAUGGAGGAAAUGUGCGCCCUUUCGUUCAGUCAGGAACUCGACUACUGGGGCAUCGAUGAGAUCUACCUGGAGUCUUGUUGUCAGGCGAGGUACCACCAGAAAAAGGAGCAGAUGAACGAGGAGCUCAAGAGAGAGGCCGAUAAUUUGAAAGACAGAGAGGGAGAAGAAUUCGACAACACUUGCUGUGCAGAGAAACGAAAGAAGCUCUGGGACCUCUUGGAAAAGCCAAGCUCAUCUGUUGCAGCAAAGAUCCUUGCCAUCAUCUCAAUCUUCUUCAUCGUGCUGUCUACCAUCGCCUUGUCCCUGAACACCCUUCCAGAGCUGCAGGACACAGAUGAGUUUGGCCAGUCCACAGAUAACCCACAACUGGCGCAUGUGGAAGCUGUAUGCAUUGCCUGGUUUACCAUGGAGUACCUGCUUCGCUUCCUUUCCUCACCCAACAAGUGGAAGUUCUUCAAGGGUCCUCUGAAUGUCAUCGACCUGUUGGCCAUCCUACCCUACUACGUCACUAUCUUCUUGACAGAAUCAAACAAGAGUGUACUGCAGUUUCAGAAUGUCAGACGGGUGGUUCAGAUUUUUCGGAUCAUGCGUAUCCUUCGUAUUCUGAAGCUGGCCCGUCACUCCACAGGUCUUCAGUCAUUGGGCUUUACUCUCAGGAGGAGUUACAAUGAGCUGGGCCUGCUCAUCCUUUUCCUGGCCAUGGGCAUCAUGAUCUUCUCUAGUCUGGUGUUCUUUGCAGAGAAAGAUGAGGAGGACACCAAGUUUAAAAGUAUUCCAGCUUCUUUCUGGUGGGCUACCAUAACAAUGACCACAGUAGGCUAUGGAGACAUCUACCCAAAAACUCUACUGGGAAAGAUAGUGGGUGGUUUAUGCUGCAUAGCUGGGGUACUUGUGAUUGCCCUCCCUAUUCCAAUUAUUGUAAAUAACUUUUCAGAAUUCUAUAAGGAGCAGAAGAGGCAGGAAAAGGCACUGAAACGAAGAGAGGCCCUGGAGAGGGCAAAGAGAAAUGGUAGUAUUGUCUCCAUGAACUUGAAAGAGGCAUUUGCUCGAAGUGCAGAACUGAUGGACGUGGUGGUAGAGAAGAGUGAAAGGCCUCAAGACAACCACCUCUCUCCUAGUCGUUGGAAAUGGACCCCCAAGAGGGCGGCAUCAGAGACAAGCUCAAACCGAUCCUUUAAUGCACAGGAGUUAGGCUCACCUAACAAGACCGGGACCACCAGUCCUCAAAGGCUAAACGUUCAGAAGCUAGAGGAGAUGUACAACCAGAUGGCCAAGACACAAUCGCAACCAAACCUCAAUGCUAAAGACAGGGGUACACGGCUUGGUAAACACAGGGAUGAAAUAGAGCUUGGGGCCAUCCAAGAUCAUGGGCCACCUGUACUAGGAACCAGAGAAGGAGUGGGUGACAUGAAAAGCUUGUCCAGCAUUGACAGCUACAUCAGUUGUGCUACAGACUUCCAAGAGAAUCCACGCUUCAGCCAUAGUCCAGCAUUGGACCUUGGUCCUCAGGAAAGCAACCGUUUCUCCCACAGUCCAGCCACAGGUUUGUCCCAGCCCAGCAGUGCAAAAAUAGGGCAGCAAACCAGUGGGGAGUCAGACCCUGCGCCAAAUCCUGUGUGUGUCACAAAGCCUUCAUACACUGAAAAUGCACGGAAAUUCUUCUUUUCUAGCAACUCUUCUAAAAAUCUUGUCCCCAAAGUGAGCUAUCGCAGUGAAGGGGAGUCAGGCUUGUCCCCACUCUCAGACAGCUCAGUCCUGUCAGACCACUCCCUGUUAAGCCCUGAAGUUUCCGUCUACACCACUGCCAGCAGCAGAACCCCACCAAAGUCCCCUGAGAGCACUUCCCUCGGCCCAUCAGUCUUCACUUUUCAUGACUCCUCUAUCAGUAAAUACAUAGACGCUGACACAGAUGAUGAUGAACACCUUCGGGAUGUCUCUGACACCAGUCCCUCGGAACGUCUUUUGGCUGGUUCAAGCCCAAAGCGGAGCAUCAACACCAACUACCAGAAAGGGAUAAACCAUUUAGAAGCAGCCCAAAAAAUGCUGGGCCAGAAUUGCUUGUUCCCCAUUGAAGGAAUUCGUGGGGUAUCCCACGAGAAUCACGUAGGACCGGAGUUGGCACGUAGGCCGAAGCUUGAGAGAGGACGUCAAAACACUUUGGACAAAGGCCUCUGAGGUUCAAGAAAUAGACACAGGAAGGUGAGGCCAGAGUGUUUGUAAUGGGGACACCAGACAGACUAAGCACACUCUGUAGGUCACAGAUGGUGGAAGCAGAACACACAAAGGGUCUCUGCCAAACAAUUCAAGUUACAAUUUACCUGAGCAUGCCAUCAGGCGCUGAGCUCAGGAGGAACAUGCCUGGUGAAUACUCUGGGAGAAAAACACUACAAAAUAAGAGAAUGUCACUGCCCCUCCUUCAACUCAUUCCUACUAGCGGUACUACACACCCACAAAACAAAAGAGCACUCCCAGGUAGACAACUGAUUGGCUCAGAGAUCUCUGCAGAAGCAGAGUCGACUAAGAAUAAAAGGUGUAACCUGAUUACAUGAUGGUUUUAGCAGCAGGUGGUUCUCUGUAUUCUCCAGGAAAAAGAUGACCCAGCUGCCCACUAUCCCAUUACAGAGCCCCAGUCCAUUUUGUAGUCUUGGAGAUACAGGAGAGGACCCAGAGCCUAUAAGCUACUUACUUGUGCCCUCCAUUCCCAAAACUGGCCUUAGUCAUUUACAUCUGCAGGAGUGUGCAUGUCUGCAUUGAAGUGUGUGUAUGCAUGUGUGUGAGUAAGUGUGAAUGUUGAUGGAUUACCAAUGUUAAUUUAUGUAUACACAUUCUUGAGAUUGUCUCACCUAAUUUAUUUUUAUAUAGAGAAGAGAGAGCUCCUAAUAGAGACGUGUGAUUUGCUCAUCUGCUGUGUCAUGAUCUCAUUUAAAGAGUAAUCCUAUAAAAGGGUCAAUAUUUUGGCACAGAAGCAGCAUUUAUGGGGGGAUCGAGAGGGAUCUGGUUAAUGACCGUACACCUCUGAUGGCCACCCUCACAGACUGUUCAUUUGAGAUACCUUGUGUCUCAGAAAGGAAGUGCCAUAAUUCAUUCACCAUAAUCCAGUUUAAGUUCUUUUUCAAAUUCAACUUUAUUUAAAAACAAAAUCUGGGAGUUACAUUCAUUAAAAACCACAUUGCAAACAUCACAGACCAAGAGAUAUUUCAUUAAUAAAGCAGAAAAGGGUCAGAGAUCUAAUUUGGGAUUAAAUCAUGUAUAGACCCAUUUUAGAAGUAGUUAAAGGAACACACUGGCUCGGGCUAACAUAGCUACACUGUCAUAAUUAACAUUAUGACAUAAGCCAAUGUAACUAAAUUAACUUUCGCAAUGGGAGUUCUAUUGAAUGCAUCUAUAUCUGAUUUGUGUGCUUGGAUUUAGCGACAUUGCCUAGGUAGCUACGUUAGCUAUGUAGCUCAGUUAUCGAUAGCUACGGUAGCUUUAGCAACGUGAGUUUUAGUCGACAAAGCUAAGAGAACUACUCAGUAUAUGUAGUCUGUGUAGCUUACAUGGCUGCUUUGUGGGCUUAGCUUUAGCUACAUUGGCUUGUUAACUACAUUAACAAUGUAGCUCCAUAAUCUAUAGAUAAAUUAGCUUUAGCAACAUGGGCUUUAGCACAUAUAGCUAAAGCUAACUGAGUUACAUGGAUAACUUAGAUACGCAGCAUGCAUAGCUGCGUUGUGGGUAUAGCUUUAGUUACAUUGGCUAGGUAGCUAUGUUGGGUGAGCUGCUAUGUUUACUAUUUAGCUGUUAUCUAUAGAUAAAUUAGCUUUAGCAACAUGAGAUUUAGCAGUGAUAGCUAAAGUUAACUAAGCUACACAGAUAAUUUAGAUACGUAGCUACUGUAGCUGCUUGUUAGCUUACUGUUAGCUAAAUUAGCUACAUAGUAAUCUUGGCUACAUAGCUCAGCAUAGCAACCUCAUCUACAUAGCUUAUGCAGCAACAUAAGCUAUGUUUGCUGUGUCACAAUGUUUUCAUGGAGGUUUUUUCUUGUUAGCAGACUGUUUACUCAGCCUUAUUGAAGGUUUUGAGAUUAGAUUUUGCAGGUCAGGUUUUUGACCUUUAACUUUUGCUAUCCUAACCCUUAUCUUAACCUUUACCCUAACCCUAAAAAGAGGUUAAUCCAAUUUUAUUUCUCAAAUUUUGUUGUGUAUUUCCGUUGUAAGAUAAACAGCGUCUCAGAUGAACCAUUUGUGAAAGUGGCCAUUAGAAAUAAACGGUCUGCAGCCAGACUGUCUUGAGGGGGAUUCAGCUCAAGAUCGAUUACAAUGUACGCCUUUUCUUCAACAGUAUUUUCUUUUUGCUGUGUUAUCAUAUCAUGAUGAGAAUGGGUGACACUUUUAAUCUAUUACUGGAUAUUGUCUCAGCACUCUGGUAUCAUUUCAAAGGGUGGUAGGGGACCAAGAAUUUUUGAUAUGGGCUUGUAGAACAGCCAGAUGUAAUAAAACAGAUUUCUGCAUUAAGUGCACAUUUAUGAAGCAUGCAUGCAACCAACCAACCAUACAAAAAACUUAAAACUGAAAAACUAAAUAUUCUGUCAUAUAGUUUAUACAUUAACCACAAAUGAUUACAUAAGAAGUUUAAGAUAUCUGCAUUCAUUGGCCUUCAUUUAACCAACAUGAGAGCAGCCAAAGAGCUCAGACUCAGAUAAAAGGAUUAUGCAUGUAUUUGAAAGUAGGGGAGUUUUUCAUCUCUGUUUUGUUCCUUUAAUGUUGAAACUAACUUAAAACAGUUAACACACAAAACUAGGUUAAAGUUAACACUGUUCAGUUGUAAAUGCCCAAAUUUAACCCAUGCAUGAGCACAUAACCACAUAUUAAGAUACAUGCAGGUAGGGGAGACUAUCUUCAGGCCACAUAUAUACACUUAGUUUCCAUGGAGACCGCAGCCUUUCUCAAAGGCUGGCAGCAGCUAAGCAACGGUUUGUUAAUUUGGGUGUGAAGGUCUGGUUGCAUGUAACGUAACUAACACAUACACACACUGGCAUGUACCCAUAAAGUGACAGGUAUGCACAGUAGACAUAUGCUAGCAGAGCCACAACUCACUGUGCAUAUUUAUGAAUACUGUGUAAAGGCAACAUUAUGAUGUAAAGACAUUGUACAUUGUUCUGUUUAUGUCUCAAAUCUUUGUAGCAUUCCAUUUAUACUGCAAUUCCCAUAAUGCAUCUGCUAUUAUCUGUUAAUGCUGCCACAUAGCAGAUGAAACAAUCUCUUUACAGUAUUAAAACAAGAGAUGAUAAAACUGACCAAACACUUCACACGCAGUUAAUGCAAUGAAGUGUUAAAUCACAGAAAAGUCUGUCACAAUCUCAACCAACAUGUCCAAUCCUAACUUUGAAAAGGAACAUUAUGUUAUAUAUCUUAUUAUGUAUAUAAAGAUUAAAAUCUAUUUACAUCGGUCCUUUUUACUGAAUCAGAAAAACGACUGUUCUGCUUUAUGGAAUUCAAAAGCAGCUUUAAAAGCAUUACUGCCAACGCAAACUCAACAAACUCUCAAAAAUGGCAAAACUGCAAAAGAUAACCAUGACAAAUUUACAAUUUAAUAUGAUUCAAGAGUCACAACAGGCAAUGGGAACACAGUUUUUUAAGCUUUGUUUCAGAGUCGCACAAACCCUGAUUGCAUUUCCUGUUUUAAUCACAGAGUUGAACCAUUUCAUAUUGCUCCUCUGUAGUCAGAGGAGCAGAGGUGUGAAAGGAAUAGCAAUGACUUUAAGAGGCAGAGAGAAGCAUGUGUGUGUGCCUGUUUGCGUGUGCUGUAAAUCCAGGGCAUUAGAGCAGUGUGGCUGCCGCUAAAUGGAGAAAAAUAUGAACAGUUUUCCUGAUAUGAAUGUAUGCAUGUCAGGGGAAUCCUGCUUUUGUUUGCCCUGUAUUUCUAUCUCCUAUUCUAAUUCUGACAUGCAACAAAAACACAGCCUGUGAUAUCAGAGGAGCUCUAAACAUAUGAGGCAACAAGAUUACUUUUUGCACACAUUAAAUGUUUGCAAUGCAGAUGUGAGGGGAGGGGCAGGAUGAGCAUUUAAUGUUUGUUUUUUCAGCACACAUAAUUAGUCAUGGACCGAUGUUUCAUGAUGGCGGAAAAUGAAUUUUAUGCAGCAUCACAGUCUCUGCUCCUACAUACAUUAUCCACAGCUGUAAUCCUUUUCAUGUUGAAUUCAAGUCAAAUAUCCUGUCAUUUUUCUCUGUUGCACUUGUGCAGCACAGAGAGAAAAACAACCACACUAAAUAGGGAAAUAUAACUCAAAUACAAUCUGGAAACCCUGAAGGGCAUGCAUUCAUAGGUUUGAUUUAACUCUCAUGAUAGUUGGUAUUAUUUUCUUGAGAUCUCAACUUAUCUACUGCAUUAUCUUGGGACAACACUGGGUCCCAGCGAUGACAAGUUAAUUUCAGCCAUUUUCUUGAGAUCUGGAGCAAUGCACUCGUUAUCAUGGGAUAACAUCACUCUGAUCUCAUGAAAAUUAAGAUGUCAGAAAACAACAAAUAUUUCUUUUUAUCAAAGGUAAAGCAGAGUAAUGUACUGUAUGAUAUAAAGAUAAAGGUGUGAUAGAGGUAUUCCCAAGUAUAUAUUUUUUAAGUUGAAAUAAUAAGAAAAACUGCUCCAUGGCAUUAGAAUUCCUUUUUAUUUAGGCUAUGGUAACACUCUGCCCUACAUCUGCUUUGAAAGGCUUCUCUUUUGGUUUUACCCAUAAAAUAUUUUUUUCUAAACUUAGCACAAAAAGUAAGGAAAUUUGUAUUUGGUUGAUUAUUUCUUUGUUGUAACAAUGCUUCUUGGCAAUCAAUCUUAAACCACUGGAAAGCCUGUUUAUUUCCCUUUUACAUGAUGCCAAGUUUGCUUAGGAACAUACAUUUGUGGGAUGAACAGCAGAGCUGAGUAUGUGGGUUGCACAUGUGAAAAGUGAGUAUGCGAACAUUUUUCCAAAUUUUCUCUACUAAUACCAAACAGCCUAUUUUGCAGUUGCUACUGACUCUUGUUUUUAGCUUCUUGUACCCCCAGGUGCUGACAAACAGGUGCCUGAUUUGCACCUGUUAUGUUCAGUGAUGAAUCCAGAUUCUGCUUACGGCAGUUAGAUCGAAGAGUCAAGGUGUGGAGAAGAUGCUGAGAACUCUAUGCAGAUUGCUGCACCAAUAAAAUAGCAUCUUUUGGUAGAAGCAGUGUGAUGGUGUGGGCAGGCACCUCCUUCACUGGUAAAACAAGGCUCGUCAUCACUGAAAGCAAUCUCAAUGCAGAGAGAUAUUGCGAUGAGUUUCUGCAACCAGUGGCAAUUCCAUAUCCGCACAGUCUGGGACUGAACUUGUUGGAUCAGCUUAGGUGUGCGGUUUGUGCCAAAGUGGCCAACACAACCACAUUAGCUGACUCAUGACAAAUGCUGGCUAAAGUACUGGAUGCUGUGUGACCAGGCUGGUGACCAGCAUGGGGAGGAGGUGUUGGGCUGUUGUGGAUGUGUAUGGUUCUUCCACACGCCACUGCGGCUCGUGUUUUUUUUAAAGAAUAAAUUGUUAAAUCAGGCCAACAUGUCUUCAGACUUUAAUCUUUUAAUCCACCAAACAACAUCAAA